AUGUCAAGCAGACCAUAUGAGAAAGAAAACGUGCCGUUCGCACAGUCUCCAGCGUCGCCCAAGGUGCUACGAGAAGCCUUUCAGCCAUCGCCUAGGCCUCCCGUGUCCCCACAACAGAUCAAGUGGUCUCCACGUUCCCCGGCCUCCCCACGGUCAUCGCCCAAUCGCUCACGGGGUCACCUUCGCCCGACCAAUCUUCACCCACCCAGUUUACUUACGCGCUCCCGCACUCAGCGAGUCUCAUUUGCGCAAAAAGACUCGCAUCACGUGUACACUACUCCUCUCCGUGCUUUGCCUUCCUACUCGUCCAAGCCGCAGGCAUUUAUUGCUUCACGGUCUAUUCUAAAAGCAAAGACUCCUGAGCGAGUGGUUGUGCUCGAGGCUGCUGCCCCCGAGGCACCGCCUCAGCAUGGUCGAGAGAUGACUCCAAUGCCAGACAAUCCUCUGCACUGUGCGACGUACCUAUCCUCCCCCGUCUCGACGAUUGUUUCAUCUGUUACCAUUACCCCGCAACCAAAUCGAAUUGACGGAGAGUAUGGCGAGACAUAUGGUCCGCUCCCUAUGAGUCUUCACGAUAUCGCCGAAGCCUAUGCUCUCAUGCUCGUUCGAAUGCGCCUACAAGCAAUGGUCGUUGAUCCCGACGGUAGCCCGACCGAAACUGAAAUCACAUCAGACCUCCCACUUCUCGAACCUAUUCGAAAGCACCACACUGAAUUAGCAAUCGCGCUCUCUCGCGAUGUGGGGCGUGCGCUUAUUCGACCUGCGUCCUUCUCACCAAGCCCCUAUCACGCCGAGGAAAUCAACGACUGGUCGUCUGACUAUUCUUCCGAUGUUUUUGGUUCAUCUUCCCCACCUGGUUCCCCCUUGGGCCCAACUCAGAGACGUGGUCUUACUGCUGCAGAGGUCAAGUAUGCGCGCGAUUUAUCGUUGGUGUCCCAAUCGGCUAUUAGAGUACUUGCAGUAAUAUUCCAUGAACCUGCGAUUUCUUCCCAUUUUACGGACCAAGAAUUGGCUGACAUGCUUAGUGUCUUGAUAUCCAUCCCCAACACCAUGCCCCUCCCCACCCCCAAUCCUCGCAAGACCCACACGGCUGCCUUGUGGGCUCUUCAAAUGGUCCGCCUUCCAUUAUCUACACUAAAGAAGCCUGGCAUUGCGGAUUCCCUUUUCGACGCACUCCAAAUGGCUAUCCAGGGCAAGUUGGGUCGCGAAGGAAAGAAGGGCUCGACUUCAGAAGGAUUGACUGCCGUGCAAUGUUUGUCUACGCAUUAUCCAUGCAUACUUGGGCCAAUGCUACCUGCAUUGAUUGGGGACGUUAUUCGAUGCCUCUCAUCUCCCAUGAUGCUUAUCCGUCAACGCGCUGCUCUCUCGUUGGGCGGGAUAGUCCAGGGAUUGUUUGACUGGGAAGAAGAGGAAGAGGUCUCGUCCAAUGAUGCUGGACGAACCUUUGAUCCGACCCCCAUCCACGAAGUUCGUAGAAAGAUAUCCGAAGUAGUCCUUGAAGCGUUCGACCUCCAAACGGGCGGAAAGAACGCAGUUAUGCUCAAAGCGAUCAAGGACAUCAUCUCUCAGUUCGGACCAGAACCGUCGGCCCAAGGACCCCGGGUAGGAGAUACACCUCACUGGGCAUUCUCGGUCCUCGCAUCCCUUGUUACUCUCUUGGAACGCAACUUUUUCAAAUGUGGCGCGGUGCAUACUGCUAUUGCCACCUGCGCUAUGAUUGCCUUUAAUGCCAAAAAGGCUGCUAUUCGUGCUGCGGGCGGAUUAUUGUGGAGCUGUGUUGUGUGGGCGUGGAAGCGGUUUGACGAACACGAUUCUACCCGCGGGGAAGGAGAAGAAAGCUUGAAGAACGAGAAAUUGAUUGCCCAAGUUGUGGUAGAGCACGUUGGGUUCGGAGUUGUCGCUGCACUGAUGGGUGCCUUGGACCGGAGCGAGGCGGUCAAAAAUCGUCGACUCCGUAGGAUAGCUCGUACCGUGCGUGCAAUGAUUACCGAGAACUGUGCCGGUGCACCCGAGUUGUUUGCAAGGUUGCUGGGUGACGAAGAUGCGAGUGUAGAAAGCAACUCAUUGGCGAUUGAUCGUAAACCUGAUCUGAAGGCUUUGAGUAUUGCUGUGAAUAGCAAUAUUGCACAAGGUAUAAAGCCGGAGGAUAUUCGACCACUUACUAUGGACGAACGUGUAUCCGAGUGGAGCUUAUUGUUCCAAGCCUGGAAGCAAUUCCCCGGCACAGUCCCAAUGACAAAUGAUGGUGAAGCACCAGAGCUCCUAUUCACAACCUGGCGAGCCAUUCUUCUCGUAACGACCCACGUCAAAGAACAUAUUCCCUGCUUUGUCUCAAUAGCCGAAGCAUUAACGGCGUUCGCUAAUAGCAAAUACGACGACCCGCAACAAAUGUCUAUUACACUGAAUUUUGUGCGACGCCUGUGGCGUGUGGUGCACGAAGUUUUCUUUAAUCCUCUGUCAUCGAACAAUCUUCUCGCUGACUUUUCAGCCGACUUGAUUCAAACCUUGGCCCAGCGCCCACCAGAUCUCGGAAAGAAGGUCGUACGCGAGGCAUGGGUCACGUUGCUGGCUGAAGUCCUUGCGAGUGGGGCGUUGGAUAGUGCCGAUACUCUGUGCGACGUCCUUCCUGAAACCCUCUGGGGCAGCGUGUAUGCUGGGGUUGUGGGUAAGUACCCGGAAGAAUUGAAUUUCGAGGCUGGACUAGUGUUGUGUGGUGUGCCAUUCAAUGAAAGCUACACUUGGGUUCUUUCCGAAGACGAUUGGACUGCUUGGUCUAAUUUGGCUCAUGCACUUGUGAUGAGUGAAGGAGACCAGGCGUUUUCCAGCCUGUUGAAUAUGGUUGCUGGCGCGCAGGCGUCUAGCAUUCCAACUGCAUUGACCCUCCGACCCCUUUCUAUUCUCCUCUCAUUCCCCGAACUGUCCAUCACUGAAUCAGAUUCGACAUUCCAAAGCCUGUUAGCAAUGGCAAAUGAUCGACUCCGAGGAGAAUACGGGUCUUGUCUUUCUCCUAACACGAUGGAGGCGGUCAUGGAACUCAUUUCGGCUCUAAAGAACAUCCUUACUCCCGACGCGAUCUGCCUCGAAAUCAUUGACGCUGUUCAGAACGGAAUGAUGGUGUGGAUCCAGGACGAGCAGUUUGUAUUAAGCGAUCAGGAGUUCAAUGACGGUCCCAUCCUCUUUUACGCACACGCGAUGCAAGGUCUCACAUCUCUCCCUGCUUCAGCCAUUGACCUCGACAAAUUCGCUCCUUUCCUUGCAUCGGCAUUUACGCGUAUCCCACCACCGGGAGCCGGUCCACUUGCGUUCUCUUUAUUCUGGAACCAAAAGUUCCACGGCAGCGGUGUAUCGGUGCCCGAGACUUUGAAACCUUGCUUGCGAGGGAUUAUGAAUGUCGAGGAACUGAUGGAAGGCGGGAUCUCGUUGGGUACUCAAUUAGAGGAGCAGUCACAGGUUUCAGAAUCUAGUGGAAACGCCGGGAUCGUGGAUACGAAUAUGAAUUCGCCUAAUACGAGUGUCGAAAAGACCGAUACGAACAUGGAUAAGGUUGAUGCGAGUGUUCCACAACAGGAUGUCUUGCUAGUUGCCCAGGAAUCGAAUACAGAGACUCAACCGAACACAGCAGAGACUAUCCAGGAUUCCGCAAGGGAACUUGCUGGAGCUCCAGAGGGGACUGUUGGCUCGAGUGCGGAAGACAUUGACCAGCUGGCGGAUGACUUGGAUGCCGUCGAAGACACAAUUGUAUACGAGCCUCCUCAGCGCCUUAGAUCAAAGACUCCUGAACCGACCAAUAAACCCCAGGCGCAAGGCUCUCAGUGCGUUCCUGAUAGCCAGCCUGAAAUAGACACUGCUGUUUCAACUCCUUCGCGAGCCCUGCCUAUAUGCGAAUCGCCUCGGAAACGCAAGUAUGAUGAUGCUAUGGAGCCCAGCAAACGUCCCAAAGGGUUAUUCAUUGCUGACCCAGAGAUUGGUGGAGCGCUGUCUACAAUACGCUUCCCUAGCCCCGCUUCGCGGCCCAGUUUCACUUCCGGAUUAGCAGCCAAAGAGUCGACAUUCUACUCGCCGAGCAACCCCAAGGCUAAGGAUCAGAGCCUAGCUAACGAGUCAAUGGGUGGCGAUAACUCGGGCGACAUUUCUGACCUGCUGAAUAACGAUCUCGUCGAUUUGCCCGAUAUUACAAUGUCCCUUCCAACCAGAAAAAAACGCAUGACCUUGGUAGUCGAGGUUCCUCGCGUGCAGGAUGUGCUUAGACGAUGGUCUAGUGACUCGGGGAAGAGUGUCUAUACAUCUGCGGCCGACACCAGUACAACACCGAAGAGUGUCAAGGCUGGAUUACCGGAGCGCGUGCGUCGAACACGGUCGUGGUCCAAGGUGCCGUCAGUGAUGGAUGUGAACGCUGAGCUCGAGUCUACCCCAUCUCGGCGGCCACUCAAACGUCGCCGCUCGGAUCGCGAAAGUUUAGAUGAUGGCGACCGGACGAUUACACCAACCACCUCUAUCCGCGCUUUCCGCUCUCACCAAAAAGGACUUCCUUCCAAGACCAGCACACCCGGAGCAGCUGGCCCAGCACCUGAUAUGUUCGAUAAUGAAUCUCCAGUAGACUCACCCAGCCUCAGACGAGUCAAAUCUCUACCUUUGGCUGAGAAAUUUGCUGGUCUAGAUUUGAAGAAGGUUGAGAGGGUGGCAACUUUAGCUUUGGCACGCACCGAGAGUCAAACAAGUAACAUAAGCGUAGAGAUGAAGGACCCCGAACCUGGACCUUUGCACGCACCCGUUACGCGGAGCGCAUCGCUUGAGGCCCUCAUGAUCGAUGUGGAGGCACUGGCAGAACUUGACACAGCCGAGUUGCUUAGACAGCAAGAGAUGCUCGCUGCUAUGAGGGAACAAGUUGCCAAAGCACUGAAGCUCAAACGAGAGAUGAGUAUUAGCUCUGGAGCCAAGGCUAGCUGA